AUGCGAGGAAAGCUUACAAAAGGCGCGCUGCUUUUGCACGACAAUGCGCCCGCGAACACAUGCCAGGUUGCGACGGCUGCCAUUCACCGGUGCGUUGAAUUUAUAACUAUGAUAAAUGGUACUAAACGACUUGUGAUGCAAGAUUACGUGUUCCACAAAUCUUACCACGGUUCGGGGACCAAGAACAGAAGAUGGAGGUGUUCAGCUCGACAGAAGGGUUGCAAGGCGUUGGUCAUCUUAGAUACGGAAGAAAAAAUAAUCAAGAGGUACCAGGCUAUGCUCAUAACCAUGAACAACGGUAAGGAGACUUUGCUUUAUUACGGUUACACAUUUUUCUUCCGAUAUGAAAUGAAGUCUGGGAAGAAAUGGGUCUGCACAAAGUUUCCAAGAUGCAAAGCCUUUUUAUGUGUCAAUAAAGACGAAACGAUCUAUCCUAGUUAUCCCGAACAUAAUCACGAGAAGAAAAAGUUAUACAAGUGUCCGAAUGCUAUGCUCAUAACCAUGAACAACGGUAAGGAGACCCUGCUUUAUUGCGGUUACACAUUUUUCUUCCGAUAUGAAAUGAAGUCUGGGCAGAAGUGGGUCUGCACAAAGUUUCCAACCUGCAAGGCAUUUUUAUGUGUCAAUAAAGACGAAAUGAUCUUCCUGAGUAAUCUCGAACAUAAUCACGAGAAGAAAAAGUUAUACAAGUGUCCGAAUGGUAGAUGGUUAUUUUCCGAUGCUUGCUGCGCAGUUCUCAUUCAGGACCAGAUUAUUACGAAGCAUAAAAUCCGGUUUCGAGAUAGCUCCUUGCAAGAGUGUCUUUACUCAGACCCCUUUCAGAAUAUUCCUGAAGAUGAAUUUUUAGCAAGAUUUCGCCUUGGAAAGGAAACCAUCAGGGGUCUGAUAGCAGAACUAAGUCCGUUUAUUCCGAGUCCACAGCGAAAAGAUGGCGUUUCUGUAGCGACAAAGGUAAUAAUAGCGCUAAGUUUCUAUGCUUCGGGUUCAUACCAAACGUGGAUUGGACUAGGUUCCCUCCUCAAUGUUUCUCAAGUAACGGUAUCAAGAGCCAUAAAACAAGUUACCGAUGCACUCAACAGCAUAUUCCCUAAAUAUGUAAAAAUGCCAGAUAAAAAACGAGAAAGAAAUGAAGUCAAAAGCAAGUUCUAUAAGAAAUUUCAUAUCCCAGGAAUUCUGGGAUGUAUUGAUGGAAUACAUAUUCCAAUAAAAAAGCCAAGCGUACACGAAGACGUAUAUAAGAACGGAAUGGGAUUUCAUUCCCUUAAUACUAUGCUGAUCUGCGAUUCUGACUUGAAUAUUUUAUGCGUGGAUGCCAGUAAUCCAGGAUUAACUACUGCUUCAAGUGUUUGGCAAAGUCACCCGUUAAAUGUGCAUUUGAAUGAGCUGGCUUCUAAUGGAGUGCAGGGGUUUUUAUUAGGUAUUGUUAUUGUUAUUAGAAUACCAUAGUGGUGUCAUACUUUUUUUUGGCUUUCAUAUUAUACUUCUACAGGGCA